AUGGAUAAUCUUCUACUUCUUCUUCUUCUUCUUCUUCUUCAUUCCUCUUUCCUUCUCAUCCAACUCGCCGCCGCCCAAAGCCAAUCCCUAGACAGCAGCAACAGCAGCAACAACUUCCAGCCGAGCCUAGCAGUCGUCAUCGGCAUGCUGGCCGUCAUGUUCUCUCUCACCUUCGUCCUUCUCCUCUACGCCAAGUUCUGCCACCGCCCCACUAACUCCGACCCGGACCGAACCCGGCCCGACCCGACCCGCACCACCCUCUCGAAGGAAAACGGUGUGGACAAAACCGUAAUCGAGUCCCUCCCCUUCUUCCCGUUCUCGACCCUCGGAGGCCUCAAGCAGGGGCUCGACUGCUCCGUCUGCCUGUCCAGAUUUGACGAACCUGACAUCCUUCGACUGCUUCCCGGCUGCCGACACGCGUUCCACGUGGACUGCAUCGACCGAUGGCUCCACUCCCACUCCACCUGUCCGCUCUGCCGCCGCCACGUCAGCGCCGAUGACUUGGCGCUCAUCGGCGCCGACGUUUUAGAGCUUUACGUCGAGAGGGAGGUUGAGAAUAAUAAUCGGAGCCGGAGGCUCUCGACGAGGUUUAGCUCGAUCGGGAGAAGCUUCCGGAAGCUUUUCGACCGGCGAGAAGAAGAUGACGAUGAUGAGGAGAAGCAGAUAGGGAUUAAUCAUCAUCGUCAUCAUAAGUUUAAUCACAGGAUUAGUUUUGAUUUGAUGAUGAGGAGCCGGUGGAGCAACGUCUCGUCUUCGGAUUUAGUGUUGCUUAAUGACGUGGAGAGGAAAAACGAGUUUGAGAUUAAUGAUUGUUCUUCGAUUUUUCAGAAUGGGGAGAAGAGAUCGGUUUCGGAGAUUGUAGUCUACCCGAGGCUAAUGAACGAGAUUAUCGUAAGUAGUAGCAAUAACAACUCGGCUAGUGUGAAUGAGGAAAGAAUGAGGAAAUUGUGGAUGCCAAUCGCCAAAAAGACUGCGCGCUGGUUCGUAAAUAGGGAUAAACGGCCGACUCAAAACGUCGCGGGUUAA